GAUUAAUGUUCUGUUUUGUUUUAGACCCACAUGGGACAGCACUCCUACCUGCGUCCUCACAAGUGUCCAAACUGCAGCUUUGCCUCCAAAAACAAGAAAGACCUACGCAGACACAUGAUGACGCACACCAAUGAGAAACCAUUUUCUUGUAAACUUUGUGGACAAAGGUUUAACCGCAAUGGCCAUCUGAAGUUUCACAUGGAGCGUCUUCACAAUCAGGAUAAUCUUGCUCGCAAAAGUCGAACCACUGCGUCUCAGCAAACCAUAAUAGUUAACAGCGAUGAGGAGGCGUUAGCCACACUACAGUCCCUGCAGGGACAUCAGGCAGUGAUCACUCCUGAGCGGCUGCAGGCUCUAGGACAGGAGCACAUCAUUGUAGCUCAGGAACAGGCAGUGUCAGACCAGGAGGAAGGUGCAUACAUUCAGCAGAUAACCACCAUAGACGGUCAGACGGUCCAGCAUCUGAUGACAGGAGACAACCAGGUUACUGAGGUUCAGUAUAUCAUCUCACAGGAUGGAGUUCAACACUUACUUCCUCAAGAGUAUGUAGUAGUAGCUGAUGGCAACCACAUACAGAUGCCAGACGGACAGAUAAUCCAGUACGAACAUGACAGAACCAUUGUUCAGGAGCAACAGAUUGCUGUAAGUCACGACGGUCAGAUCCAGUACCUACCUGUCAGCUCUGAUCAACAAAUCGUGAAUGCUGAAGAUUUGGAGGCUGCUGCCCACUCUGCUGUCACAGCCGUAGCAGACGCGGCCAUGACACAGACCCAGACAGUCUACACUGAGGCUACACCUGAGCAACUGGAAGAGCUGCAGCAACAGGGCAUCCACUAUGAUGUCAUUACUUUCUCCAAUGAAUAGGGAUGCAAGUGCGCCAAGAGGAGGACCAAUACAAACCACUAUGAGCUAACAGAACAGUGACCUCAACUUAUUUAUGCAUCUAGCUGGCAGUGAAGUGAAAAAAAGGCCUUAUCUCCUGCCCAGCAUCACCUGCUCGGGGCAGCUGCAUCAGUCACAAUCAACAGCUUCUUGUAAAUUUCAAUUAUUGUACGCAGUGCUUCUAAUUUAUUCAUAGGUACUGA